AUGGAAAAUUGCAGGGAAGUGGAUACCCCAAUGAAUUCAAAUGAAAAGCUCUGUCUUCAGGACAACUCUGAGAAAACAGAUCCACAGAGAUAUAGAAAAUUAGUUGGUGCUCUGCUCUACUUCACCCACUCACGGCCCGAUAUUAUGUUUGCUGUUUCAAUGGUUGCUCGGUUCAUGCAUUCACCGAGUGUACAUCAUUUAGGGGCAGUAAAGCGAAUCCUUAGUUAUGUUAAAGGAACGAUCGGCUUUGGGAUUCAUUACAAGAAGGGAGAAAAUUUCAAAUUGUUGGGGUACUCUGACAAUGACUGGGGAGGAUCUCAAGAUGACCGGAAAAGCACCUCAGGGUGGGUAUUUUCACUAGGCUCUGGUGUUAUAGCUUGGUGUUCGAAGAAGCAGUCAAUCACUGCUCUUUCAAGCACUGAAGCAGAGUACAUUUCAUUGACGGCUGCCACAUGCGAGGUUGUGUGGCUUCGUCGUCUUCUAGAAGAUCUAAAUGAGAAGUAG